UCAUCAGUGGCCGAGCGUGAAUUUGCCUCUUCCGGCUUUCCGUACCUUACAAAAGCGGCUAACGGCUAGCGGCUAAGUGGCGCGCUACCGCUGUCAUUGAGACUGGAAUCGGACGUCCGCGUCUGCGAACACCUUCAGCAGCACAAAGGAUCCUCACCAUGGUCUCCGGAAAGCGGCUGGCCGACAUCGGCUACAGGGCUUUUUCUGCCUCCAUGAUGCUGCUGACGCUCUACGGGGGGUACCUGUGUGCGGUGCGGGGAUACCGCUUCUACGAAAAACAGAAGCAGCUGCAGCUCGCGGCAGAAAACCAAGAUCCGGACAUUAUGAAAGACUAGAAGGACCAGUUCCCGGGUCUCAUGGUGAGGGAUAACCUCACUCCUCUUUGUUCAUAAUGAAAUCACGACGGCGGCUUCGCUGGAUAUUUGUGCUGCGACCUUAUGUGAGCGGGAUGACGUGGCCCUCAUGAGAAAAAUAUUCUCCUUGUCUGCAUUUUGUGUAAAUCAGGGAACUGUUAACAGAUUCCCGACUCACAGCGGUAGCCUGGUGUAUAUGCUGUCCAGCGAGUCCAUUUUGUGAGCUUUACAGUACUUGAGAUGAGGAGAUGAGUGUGUUUUCGUGUCAUUAAAAUGCCUUUUGAAGCCAAA